AUGGGGCCGGGGCGCGGGGCGGGCGGGGGGCGGCGUGGGGCCGUGGCGCUGCUCUGGGUGGCGGCCGUGCUGUGCCAGCUGGGCAGCGGCAGCGUCCUCCGCCGCCGGCUCCACGCCGCCGGGGUCCCGCAGCGGCGGCUGAGCGGCGGCGAGCGGCGGGACGUGCAGCGGGAGAUCCUGGCCGUGCUGGGGCUGCCCGGCCGGCCCCGGCCCCGCGCCCCCGCCCGCGCCCCCGCCGCCGCCGCGCCGCUCUUCAUGCUCGAUCUGUACCACGCCGUGGCCGGCGAGGAUGAGGAGGAGGGUGAGGAAGCGGCGGUGUCGCGCCCGGUGCUCACCGGGCUCAGCACGCAGAGCCCCCCGCCCGGCAGCGUCGUGAGCCGCGCAGACACCGUGGUCAGCCUCGUUAAUAUGGUGGAGCAGGACCGGGACCUGCUGUCACCCAAGCCCUACUGGAAGGAGUUCAGGUUCGACCUGACCCAGGUGCCGGCGGGAGAGGCCGUGACGGCCGCCGAGUUCCGCAUCUACAAAUCGCGGGCGGUGCCCAGGCACGGCAACAGCAGCCUGCACGUCAGCAUCUACGGGGUGGCUGGGCAGCAUCCCAACAGGGAAUCUGACCUGUUCCUGCUGGAUGUGCAGGACCUGCGUGCUGGCACAGAGGGCUGGCUGGUGUUUGAUGUCACAGCUGCCAGCAGCCACUGGUCAGUGGAUCAGAAAUACACCCUGGGGCUGCGGCUCUAUGUGGAGACAGAUGAUGGGCACAGCGUGGAUCCAGGCUCAGCCGGGCUCCUGGGGCGCCGGGGACCCCGCUCCAAGCAGCCUUUCAUGGUGACAUUUUUCCGGGCCAGCCCCAGCCCCUCCCGUGUCACACGAGCAGCCAAACCCCAGAGGAGGCGACAGCCCAAGAAAUCCAACGACCUCCCCCACCCAAACAAGCUCCCAGGAAUUUUUGAUGAUGUGCACCCCACGGAUGGGCGGCAGGUCUGCCGGCGCCACGAGCUCUACGUCAGCUUCCAGGACCUCGGCUGGCUGGACUGGGUGAUUGCUCCCCAGGGAUACUCAGCCUACUACUGCGAGGGGGAGUGUGCAUUCCCACUGGACUCCUGCAUGAACGCCACCAACCACGCCAUCCUGCAGUCCCUGGUCCACCUGAUGAAGCCUGAGGCCGUGCCCAAGGCGUGCUGUGCCCCCACCAAGCUCAGUGCCACCUCUGUCCUCUACUACGACAGCAACAACAACGUCAUCCUCAAAAAGCACCGGAACAUGGUGGUGAAAUCCUGCGGCUGCCACUGAUGGACAGCUCCCAUCCCCACCCCUGGAUGUCCCAACCCCACUCCUGAGUCUCCCAUCCCAUCCCUGAGUGUCCCUUUCCCACUCCUGGAUGUCCCAUUCCUGUCCCUCAGUGUCCCAUUCCUACCCCUGGAUGUCCCAACCCCACUCCUGAAUGUCCCAUCCCAUCCCUGAGUGUCUCAUUCCUACCCCUGGAUGUCCCAUUCCCAACCCUGAAUGUCCCUUUCCCACUCCUCAGUGUCCCAUCCCAUCCCUGAGUCUCCCAUCCCAUCCCUGAGUGUCCCUUUCCCACUCCUGGAUGUCCAUUCCUGUCCCUCAGUGUCCCAUUCUACCCCUGAAUGUCCCUUUCCCACUCCUCAGUGUCCCAUCCCAUCCCUGAGUCUCCCAUCCCUGAGUGUCUCACUCCUACCCCUGGAUGUCCCAUUCCCACUCCUGUUUGUCCUUUUCCCAUCCCUGGAUAUCUCAUUCCCAUCCCUGAGUGUCCAUUUCUGACCCCUGGAUGUCCCAUUCCCACUCCUGGAUGUCCCAUUCCUGUCCCUCAGUGUCCCAUUCCUACACC